AACGAUGAUAUAGCCAUAAUUUAAUUAAAAAGAAAAAAAAAAUCGUUCCAACCUCCAAAGAGUUGGGAUGGGACCAUGGGAGGGUCGGGAGUGAUGGGUUGGAGAAAUUGAGGUUGAAGCCUUAUUCCUUUCUCUUGUUUUCUCCGAUGUUCUUCUCUAUACGUCCCAAGUCCAAGUCUUUUCCAUUACUUCACCAUUUCACUUUCAGAUGGUUCUCUACCCCAACCGCCAUAGCUCCUUCGGAGGACUAUCUCCCUACCUUCUUCCGUUCCACCUUCAACUUCAACGACACCGAUUACGAGCUCGCUUUGGUCUCAGCCCUCAAGGCUUGCUCCUCCAUCUCCGCCGUCUUCCAAGGUCAGCAAAUCCAUUCUCGUGUUCUUAAGUCUGGACUCGGUUUCAACUCCUUUAUUACUAAUAGUUUGAUCAGUAUGUAUGCCAAAUGUGGGUUCAUUGCGGAUGCUCGUUCCUUGUUUGAUUCUUCUCCUACAUUGGAUACUGUCUCUUGUAAUAUAAUGAUUUCUGGGUAUGUUAAAUCUGGCCACUUGGACGAUGCCCGCCAUGUUUUUGAUAUUAUGCCUCACAAGGGUUGUAUCUCCUACACAACCAUGAUCAUGGGUCUUACUCGAAAUGACUGCCGGGCUGAAGCUAUUGAAGUUUUCAAGGACAUGAAGUCCGCUGGUGUUGUCCCAAAUGAUGUGACUAUGGUGAGUGUUCUCUCAGCAUGCUCCCAUAUGGGUGGGAUUUGGGAUUGUCGAAUGAUCCAUGCACUGCUAAUCAAACUGCACCUACUUGGGUCUGUAUUUGUUUCGACAAAUUUGUUGAACUUUUAUUGUGCUUGUUCGAGUGUUGGGGAUGCAAGAAGUUUGUUUGAUGAAAUGUCUGAGCCUAAUAUAGUUUCUUGGAAUGUAAUGCUAAAUGGGUAUUCAAAAGCAGGACUUGUUGAUCUAGCCAGAGAAUUGUUUGAGAAAGUUCCUGAUAAAGAUGUUGUGUCUUGGGGAACGAUGAUUGAUGGUUUUGUGCAAGUAGAAAGGUUGAGUGAAGCUCUAAUGAUGUGCCGUGCAAUGCUUCGUACUGGAUUACGAGCUAAUGAUGUUAUGAUUGUUGACUUAGUUUCAGCUUGCGGGCGAUUUACAGCAAUUUAUGAAGGUCUGGUUUUUCAUGGCAUGAUUGUGAAGGAAGGUCUUGAUUGUUAUGACUUUAUUCAGGCAACUAUAAUAAACUUUUAUUCAGCUUGUGGCAGAACAAGCCUUGCACGUUUGCAGUUAGAAAUCGGCAUCACAGAUCAUGUCCCGUCUUGGAACGCUCUCGUUGCAGGGCACAUAAAAAAUAGAAAGAUUGACCAGGCAAGGCGAUUAUUCGAUGAGAUGCCCAAAAGAGAUGUUUUCUCGUGGAGUGCCAUGAUUUCUGGUUACACACAGAAUGAGCAGCCUGAUUUGGCUUUAGAACUCUUUCAUGGAAUGAUAGACAGUGGGAUCCAAGCAAAUGAAAUUACAAUGGUGAGUGUGUUGUCUGCAAUAGCUAGUUUAGGCUCAUUGAAAGAAGGAAGAUAUGCGCAUGACUACAUACGUAGUAACUCAAUCCCUCUUAAUGAAAACUUAAGUGCAGCCCUAGUUGACAUGUAUGCCAAGUGUGGGAGUAUAAACACUGCCUUAGAAAUGUUUCAUCAAAUCCGUGACAGAGUUUCCACUGUCUCACCUUGGAAUGCCAUUAUAUGUGGACUUGCCAUGCACGGGCACGCAACAUUAUCUCUUGAAAUAUUUUCAGACUUGCAGAGGCGCAAUAUCAAACUCAAUUCUAUCACAUUCAUUGGAGUCUUGAGUGCCUGCUGCCAUGCUGGGUUGGUGGAGGCCGGAGAGAGACAUUUCAAGAGCAUGAAGAAUGUUUACAACAUAGAACCUGAUAUCAAGCAUUAUGGCUGUAUGGUGGAUCUUCUAGGCAGAGCUGGUAGAUUGGAAGAAGCUGAAGAUUUGAUCAAGAGUAUGCCUAUGGAGGCAGAUAUUGUAAUAUGGGGCACAUUAUUGGCUGCAUGCCGAACUCACAAAAAUGUCAAAAUAGGGGAAAUGGCUGAAGAAAAUUUAGCUAGGUUAGAACCAUCUCAUGGAGCAAGUAGAGUUCUCUUGUCUAACUUGUAUGCAGAUGCAGGGAGAUGGGAUGAAGCAUUUUCAGUAAGAAAAGAUAUACAGGUUCUAAGAAUGACAAGAUCUCCAGGUUAUAGCGGUGUUGUAUGAAUUAUGAUACACAAGUGAAAUGCUUGAAUAGUUUUGUUCAGUAGGAAGAGUGACUAUCAAAAUAUACUUUCUCUAUUGGCCUGUUCUAC